GAGCAAAGCCAGCUAGCUAGCUAGCUGAGCUCAGUUCACAAGCGUGCGAGAUUGAUCAGCACGACCCUGGCCCUACGAGUCCGACUAUCUUGACCAAAGUUUCUGACCCUGUCGCAAGUCCAGCUCUAUAUCCAAGAUGAGGUUCAUGCUCACAUUUUUGAGGCACGGUGAAACUGACUGGAAUGCCCAAAUGAAGUGUCAAGGUCAGUCCGAUGUGCCACUCAAUACUGAAGGAGAAGAACAAGCCAAGGCUGUAGCAGCUUACCUAGCCACUGAAAAGUUUGACUAUGUUUUCUCAAGUGACUUGAGCAGAAGCCUUGAGACUGUAAAGAAAGUAGUAGAGCUUGGACCCAACCCAAAGCUGGAGAUUGUACAAGACAAAAGACUGCGGGAACGGAGCUUUGGGGUGUAUGAAGGAAUGUCGUUUGAUGUGUACCAGCAUGCCCUUCAGAACUGUGUUGGACAGUUUGUUGUAGAAGGUGGAGAAACUCCAGAACAGGCAUUACAGAGAUUAAUUGACUUCCUCAACGACAUGUGCAGGAAUGUGAAGAUGCAGGAAGCAAACAAGACCAAUAGUGCAAAGAGUACUGGAGGGGCCUCGAGCAGUGCGGAGCCUACAUCAGACGCAGCAGGUGGGGCUUCAUCCAAGGUCUUUGUAUCUGAAUUCACAGGAGAGGACAAGGCUGCCAGGAUACUCCCUCACAUCCUCCUCUCCACCCACGGCUUCAUGAUCAGAAGCUUCCUCAAGUACCUACACUGCGUCAUCAACGUUGAGAUCCCCGAGGGCGAUUGGCUGAUCGACGACGGAUGCCCGAACACCUCCCUCAGCACGCUGGUCGUGGAGACGGACAAGGACGAUAAGUUUGAUUUUGAAAGGCUGAUAUGUUACUUCAUCUACAAGGUGGAUCAUUUUUCAUAGUGACCGAGGGGAGCAUCUUUACAAACAGCCAGUAUUAGGAACUAACAGGACUAGAAGCAAUAGAAUAGGCGUAGAGUUAAGAAUCAUUAUAAGAUGAUGACGUGGAUCCUAAUCAAAUGAUUGGUUAAGAGCGUACUCGUGACCAGGCAUUUAUUUUGCCUAGAACGUAAUUUUGAUAAUGACCGGUCAUUAUCUAAUUCUAAUGACCGGUCAUUAGUAAAAUCAUGUUUAAAAACAUCAUUUUAUAAAACAUAAUCUUAUGAAACAAAUAAUACACAUCAUUUUGUUGGGCAUUAGUAAAAUUUCAAAACGGUCCAAACAGAGUGGUAGACUGUUCCAAAGGUACCUUGUGUGGGUAAAUCUUACUAAUGCCCUUAAUGCUGUGUAUUAUUUGUGUACUAUUGACUGAGGAGAGCGUCUUUGCAAACAGCCAGUACUUAGGAACUAACAGGACUAAAAGCAAUAGAAUAGGCAUAGGGUUACGAAUCACUAGGCUUUAUGCAAAGUGUGUUUGGAACACCCUAACUCUAGCCUUGAAUACACAAUGUGAACAUGUAUAGAUAAGUCCUUACCCCCCCCCCCCCCCCCUUCUCUGU